UGAUACAUUAAAAUAUAGUUAUAGACGAUGAAUUUUUGGCCCUUCAGAAAAUACAAAAUGGGGUAAAAUUUGUAAAGGAAAUGAAAUAGAGGGGUGAAAAUGAAAAUGAAAAUGAGGAUAGAGUGACAUUCACUUCGCUCCGAGGAAAAAAGGUGCUUUCUUCGUUUCACCAUAGAGAAAGCAAAGGGGUCUCUCAAACCUCUUUCAACAGUCCAAGGUUGCACAGUUUUAACAGUUUAGGUUUUUGGCUUCCAAAAGGAAAAUAAAAAAACUGUGCAGCUCUGGUUACAAAGUCAUAGUUGCUUUGUUGUGUUUCUAUGCAUGAAAUUGGAGUUAAAGAUAAUUCUAGAUGGAAUCCCUUUGGAAACUUGUGUAUUUGCUAGAGCCCGCUCCCGUCACACUUAUCACCACGGCUGUAGCUGUGGUGUUUGGAUCUGCUUUUCGAGCUCUAAAUUAUGGGAAAGAAAUGGAGCAUAAUCGGGACAUGUCAGAAGCAUCCAUUACAUUGGAUAGGUCCCAAGCACUGAUGAUCCCGGUUAUGAGUUCUUUUAGCUUGCUUCUGAUGUUCUACUUGUUCUCAUCAGUCUCGCAGCUUCUCACAGCAUUCACGGCCAUUGCUUCUGUGUCGUCCCUUUUCUUCUGCCUGUCUCCUUAUGUUGCAUAUUUGAAGUCACAGUUUGGUUUGGCUGAUCCUUUUGUUUCACGCUGUUGCUCGAAAUCUUUUACACGACUCCAAGGAAUGCUAUUGUUUACAUGCUCUUUUAUAGUGGUUUCUUGGCUUGUUUCUGGUCAUUGGAUACUGAACAAUAUGUUGGGCAUAUCGAUAUGCAUCGCAUUUGUAAGCCAUGUGCGUCUUCCAAACAUCAAGAUUUGUGCAAUGCUCCUCCUUUGUCUGUUUGUAUAUGAUAUUUUCUGGGUUUUCUACUCUGAGAGAUUUUUUGGGGCAAAUGUCAUGGUAUCAGUGGCAACACAGCAAGCAUCAAAUCCUAUGCACACAGUUGCUAAUAGUUUAAGUCUUCCUGGGUUGCAACUAAUAACAAAGAAAUUGGAGUUACCUGUAAAGAUUGUCUUUCCAAGAAAUUUGUUGGGCGGUGUUGUUCCAGGAGAGAGUGCAGCAGACUUCAUGAUGCUUGGUUUAGGGGACAUGGCCAUCCCAGGCAUGCUCCUGGCUUUAGUCCUCUGCUUUGAUUAUCGCAAGAGCAGGGAUACAGUAAAUCUCUCUGAAUUACGUUCUUCGAAGGGGCACAAAUACAUAUGGUAUGCGCUACCUGGAUAUGCCAUUGGUCUGGUAACUGCUUUGGCAGCUGGGGUCUUGACCCACUCACCUCAACCCGCACUCCUUUAUCUGGUGCCUUCUACCUUGGGACCUGUAAUUGUGACCUCUUGGAUAAAAAAGGAGUUACACGAGUUGUGGGAAGGAAACAUACCAAAUCUCAAUGAUAAGGACCGUGAAGUAGAAGUUUAGUCUGUUAACUCGUGGGUUUUAUAGCCAAAAAGAAAGUUGUAAAUUCACUGAGAAUCUUUAAUCAUGCGACUCACCAAGAAAAUUGGCAUAAAAUGUUAAAGUUGUUAUGUCUUGAUGUUUUUAUUCAUACACCAAAAAAUUAAAGGAAAUAUUACACAAGACUGCAUCCGGAAAGAAAAAAUCGAGGCUGUAUUUUUCCAAA